UGCGCGCGGUUAAAGCUCGCGACGGGCUCGUAUGUGCGAUAUACCUCGAAUUUGUCGACGAUAUCGACGACGACGACGACGACUAUAAUCCUUUCCAAUUGAUUUCGCAAUUAAAGUGAGAAAAAAUAUUCCGAGUGUGUAGGCGUGUGUGUGCGCGCGUACAAAAGCUACAUAUUUAUAUAUCUGUGUAUACAGCACACUCGUGAGACUCGAGGAAUUUCGCCAGAUCGAGCGCAGCUGCACGAACUCCAUCCGAUACGAGUAGGUUGAAUUGCGUGGUCACGCGCGAAACAGCGAGGAAGAUGAGAGAAAUCGCCGUGAUCGUCAGCGCUACGAGGCGAGUCGAGGGUGCGAGCGACGAGUAUCGCCAUCGCCACCAGGGCUCUGAUCACGAGCGACAUCGGUGGGACUCGUCGGACGAUCGACUCUCGCGUUGAUUCUCGAGCUGUUCUCAUUUCCACAGACCCUAUUUAAUCGCGCAAUACAAUCGCUAUAAUUGGCGUAAAAUACCGAUGGACGCGAAGGCUCGAGGCAACGACGAUGACGAUCGAUCUGCUUCCGCCGCCCUGUCGUCGAUCAAGAAGAAGCUCAAUCGCAGCGUCAGCGACGUAUGCAACAACAACAGCAACAACAGUAAGGACGGCUUUAUAUUCGGCAGCUGGAAGUGCCGACGAAACUCGAAGAAGACGCGCGUCGACGCCAACGGCAGCCAAGACCGUCGCGACGACAACGAGUACGCGACGGUGGAUCGGGGCUCGAUAGCGGCGGCAGCAACGCAGGUCAGACGGAGAGUCAAGCCGAGGCCGAGCUCCGUCCACGAUCAGCUGCGCGAGCAGGACUUCUGGUGCCCGAGGUGCGGCGGCAAAAUGGAGGAGCCGAGGUUGCUGCCCUGCCUGCACUCGGUCUGCAGCGCCUGCGUCAACGAGUUCAUGAGCAAGCAUUAUUACGGUGACGACGACGACGACGACGACGGGGAGCACCACUUAUACAGUCGGCUGCGGCUGCGGGCGAGCGGCUCGUCGAGGAGCCUGAAAUCGGGCCAGCGACGACGACGGCCCGAGGGCUGUCCCCGCUGCGAGCAUCCCCUACCUCGUCACGGCUCGGGCCAGUCGCCGCCGCCGCCGCACUACUCGCUCCAGCACCGGCUGGUGAUCUACGCGGUGCGCCGCCGACUGUCGCAGCGGGCCAUCUGCUGCGACGCCUGUCCCCAAGAGCGCCAGGCGACCCAGCACUGCUCGCGCUGCCUGUGCAACUUCUGCGACGAGUGCGGCGCCCAGCACGAGCACCAGGAGGGCGCGGUCCGGCCGCUCUGGCAGGCCAAGCGCAUCAGGCGGCUGGCCGUCUGCCUCGAGCACCCGGCGCACUCGCUCAGGUAUCACUGUCUGGCCUGCAAGCGGGCCACCUGCAAGGAGUGCAUGUGGACGCCGGCGCACCGGGGCCACGCGGCCGAGGACGCCUCGCGGGCCGGGGCGCGUGCGAGGCUGCGCCUCGAGGCGGCCCUCGGCGAGGCUCGCCGCCUCCUGGAGCUGCUGCUGCUGCGCGAGACCGAGCGCCAACGCGAGCACGGCUCAGCCGGCCAGGCGGCUCUCGACUUCGUUCUGAAGGACGGAUGGCAGCAGCGAACGACGACGACGACGAAGAGUCCUCCGGAGCAGAGGAGUCGAUCGAGCGCGUCGACGCAGUCGCGCGAGGCCCGACAGAGGAUACUGGAGUACUCGAGGCUCAAGAGGGCCAAGUAUCUGAUGGAGGCGAUAUUCAUCGCCGAAGAUCUGCUGGCCAACGGAUCGGUCGUCGAGAUACUCAGCCUCAAGCGGAUUAUACUCAAGAGGCUGAGAUUCCUCGGGCUCGACGUCGACGACAGCGAUGCUCCCGAUGGACGCAGCGAUCGAGUCAAGAGCGCGACAACCAACACAACGACGAUGCACAGCGGGAUCUUUCACUGCUGCACCUUCUGCUCGAGCGGAGGCAAGAAGGACGUCGCUUGCGCCUGCGGCGGAACGAUGCCAGGUGGUUACAGAGGCUGCGGUCACGGCCACUCGGGCCAUCCGGGCGAGCGUCACUGGUCCUGCUGCGGCUCAACGACGCGCGACGGCACUUGCCUCUCGCCGCGCAGGUGUACCUACAAAUUGAUCAUCUGAGGCUGCGAGAUGGAUGUUACGUAUCACAGAUUUAUUUUUUUAUGAACCUAUUUAUUAAUCGCUGAAUUCGUGCGAAUUCAAGUACAAAGGUGGAGAAAAAAAAAAUUCGAAUCGAGUGCGUGGACGCAUCGUUCAAUUGAUUUUAUGUACAAAAAUUUAACAAUACCUAGUGAAACUAUAAAUUCUGUUCCUAGAGAAUAACUAUAUAUUAUUAAAAACUAAAAAAGA